AUGGCUAAUUCAAUGUUGCUAUAUAUAUUCGUGAACCGGCUCGAUUUCUUCUCGCACUUCAUAGGGUUUAAUCUACGUCAUUUCUCGCAGCUUACCGUCGCUUGCCGCCGCAGCGGGAAGCUUUACUGGAAAUUUCACCGCGUUGUUUCUUUUCGGUUACAACACCGGCGGUCUCUAAUUCGCUUGGUGCAGGUCGGGAACCGCUUCGCUCAGCCUACGGUUUACGUUUUGUCGUUGGCCGGUCCUUCUUCAUUUUCCUUUUUUGUUCUUCUCUGCUUUUGUUUUUUGCUUAAUUUCUUUGCCGCUGUGCGGUGUUAUCUUGUUGCGAAAAUGUGUGGGCGAAUUGGAUCCCGCCUUGCAUCAACUGAAUCGGAAACCGUGGUGAAGAUUGCUUGGAUUCUUUCCUUCCUCCAGAUCUCAGGUUUUCCUUGCUAGUUUCGAUUUAUCUACAUGUACGAAAUCAAUCAAUCUGAAAACUGCUCAAUCGAUCUGCUCUGUGUAUCUGAAUCUUGAUUCUUGUUCUCCUCUGUCGAAGACAAAGGAGCAUAAGCUUGAUUCUCAGUUGAGUUUAAUGAUUUUGUGUUUCAUAAAGCUAAUUCAUAAUCAUUGAAGUUAAUUGGUUUUCGUUUGGUUGCUUCGUUCAAUAGAAAGAUAAUAGCUCUAAUUUUGACAUAAAGUCUGAUUCCAGUCCAUAUAGGAAUGGAACUGCUAGAACUUUUGUCAGUAAGAAAAUUUGAACCGAUAGAAUUUGUUUCUAAUUCAUGCUCUGCUGCAGCUAAAACACCAUAACGGAAAGAAGUGAGAUGCACAAUUUUCUGAUAAGAUUUUGUGGAAUGUAAUAAGAACAUUACAAAUGAAAUAGAGAAAAAAGUAUGGAGCUGCUGUUAGUUUUAUUCCUCUGUUAAUUAUCAUAUUUCUUUAAAUGGUCUCAACAGCAGAACUAAGAAUAAUGGAAGUUGUUUAUUAAAAAUGGGGGGAGUUUGUCUCCAUUUGUUGAAUGACUCCAUGGUAAUAUCCUAUGGAAAUAGUGAGAAUGGAUUCUUUGGUUCUGAAAAAGAAAA